AUGGUGGUCCCUACUACCCCCCCACCUUACCCGUAUGAGGUUCUGGAAGAUGUCGAGGACCCGCAGGAUUAUGAACCUGGCGGAUUUCAUCCCGUCAGCAUCCAUGACACGUUUCGUGAUGGGCGUUAUCGCGUCGUCCAUAAGCUUGGCUUCGGCGGCUACUCGACCGUCUGGCUGGCCAAGGAUGAACAGUCUAAUCAUUACGUUGCGAUAAAACCCGACCUGCAACCCGUACGACGUCGCGACGGCCAGCCUCUCGCUCCGGGGGUGCCGCCCUAUGUCGUAACCCCGAUCUGGCUUGGUCAUGGUAAAAAGCAGGCCACAGUCAUGGAUACCAAAAUCGUUGUGGCCGAUUUUGGAGAGGCGUACAUACCGGCAGAAACCUCACGCACCUACUCGAACACACCAGCAUCGUAUGCACCACCUGAAGCUCGCUUCAUCGAGACUCCGCACACCCUAUCGUUUCCGGCCGACAUUUGGAGCCUGGCGUGCACUAUUUGGGAAGUCCUGAGCCACAAACCCCUCUUUGAACCGUGGGCUGCGACCGACGACGACAUCCUGGCAGACCAGGUUGACCUUUUGGGAAAGCUACCUGGGGAGUGGUGGAACAAGUGGAAUGCUCGUAGAGAUUAUUUCACCGAGGAUGGGCAGCUCGAUACGACGGCUCCGAAUCGACGGUACGACUCCGUAAGACAUAAUUGGGACGAUUGUUUUGCUCGGUGCAUCCGAAACCCAAGACAGAGAGAUGGCAUGGAGGCCAUGUGCGAGCAGGAAGAAGAGGCGCUGUUAGCUAUGCUGAAGUCGAUGUUAAUCUUCCGGCCAGAGCGACGGGCUUCUGCGGCAGAGGUCUUGAGGUCAGAAUGGGUGAAAAAAUGGGCAGUGCCGGAUCUUGAGUUGGCAAGAAGACAAUGGCGUGAGCUGUGA